AUGACGCGAAGCAAAGCCCCUUCAAAACCUUCUAUGCUCUGCGCUGGGCAGUCGACAGUCGAUGAAUCUAUCGAUGAUGGUCAUGUCUACCAAGAAGAACCUGUCAAUGUGGGUCACAUGGAGCUCCUCAUACACGCAAUGCUCAACGAAGAGAUGUACAACUUUGCGAUCGGGUUUGAGAAGUUUCAUCGCGCUGGUCUCGCCCUAGGUAUGGAGACGGCUUUGAAGGCACCAUAUCUUAUGCACCAAAUUCUAGCUUUCUCCUCCUGCCAUUUGGCACAUGCGAACCCGCACUGUUCAGCCUAUUACCGGAAUCAGGCUGUAACUUUGCAGACACGCGCUGUUUCGAUUUUCAAUACGACUAGAGCCGAAGUGAACCAGCUGAAUUGCGUACCGAUGCUACUCUUCUCGUCCAUGCUGGGUCAGCAUCUACUGGCGGAGAUACUCGCAGUACAGCCCUCAACCGACAUGGAGGUAUUCAUUACGCACUAUAUUCAGUGUAUAGAGAUGCACAGAGGAAUCUACACCAUUGCUACGUCCGCGUGGUCACUGCUGAUGAAAUCGGAACUCGAGCCUAUACUGUCCAUGAGCAAGAAGUUCACUUCGCGGCAGUCCGAAGGCGAUGACUGUUCAACGGUCGUCAGUCUUAUUGAAAAUACGGAUGGUAUGAGCGCAGAGGAAAAACAUGCUUGUCGAAUUGCAGUCCACUACCUGCAAGUCGGGCUCGAUGCAGUACGAAGGGACGAAGAUUCGCCAAUCAGUCAGUACCAGAUGAUCUGCGAAUGGACUAUGUUGAUCCCUCCGGGAUUCACCAGACUCUUGGCCGCGAAGCAGCCCGUGGCAUUGGUAGUGCUUGCACACUACGCAAUCUUACUACACUUUGGCAGGCGUCUAUGGCAGGUUGGCGAUGCGGGACUUCAUAUAUUGGCAAUCAUUGACAAGUAUCUCGGAUCUAAAUGGGAUGCUUGGUUGUCAUACCCACGGGCAAGAAUUACCAGUCCAGUCUUGCGGUAG